AUGGCUAACACACACAAUGUGACUGAAUUCAUUUUCCUGGGACUUUCUCCCAGUCGGGAGGUGCAGAAAGUUUGCUUUGUGAUAUUUCUGCCCUUGUACAUGGCGAUCGUGCUGGGGAACUUCCUCAUUGUGCUCCUUGUCUUUGUGAGCAGAAGCCUCCGUUCCCCCAUGUACUUCUUCCUCAGCUACCUGUCCUUUGUGGAGAUCUGCUACGCCUCCACCACAGCCCCCAAACUCAUCUCAGAUCUGCUGGCUGAAAGGAAAGCCAUAUCUCUGUGGGGCUGCAUGACACAGCUUUUCUUCAUCCACUUCUUUGGUGGCACUGAGAUUCUCCUGCUCACUGUGAUGGCCUAUGACCGCUACGUGGCCAUCUGCAAGCCCCUCCACUACACCACCAUCAUGAACCGGCAGGCGUGUGCUGUCCUGGUGGGGAUGGCGUGGCUGGGUGGCUUCGUGCAUUCCUUUGCCCAAAUCCUGCUCACCUUCCGCUUGCCUUUCUGUGGCCCCAACGUGAUGGACCACUAUUUCUGUGACCUGCUUCCGUUGCUCAAACUCGCCUGCUGUGACACCUUCCUCAUUGGCCUGCUGAUUGUCGCCAAUGGGGGAACGCUGUCUGUGUUCUGCUUUGUGGUCCUGUUAGGCUCCUAUGUGGUCAUCCUGCUCCACCUGAGGACCCGGAGCUCUGAGGGGAGGCGCAAGGCCCUCUCCACCUGUGCGUCCCAUAUCACUGUGGUGCUCUUGUUCUUCGGGCCCUGCAUCUUCAUCUACCUGAGGCCUUCUGCCACCCUGCCUAUGGACAAGGUGGUGGCCGUGUUCUACACAGUGAUCACGCCCCUCCUCAACCCUCUCAUCUACUCCCUGAGAAAUGCUGAAGUGAAGAAGGCCAUGAAAAAGCUGUGGGUGAAGACCAUGAAACUGGACUGGAAGUAG